AUGCAAUUUUUUUCUUUCUUCAAUUCAGGUAAUUGCCGCGUACUGGCGUUUCCGAGUUAUUUCCUAAUUGCUGACAAAUGUUUGGAGGGCCACACGUUCUUAAUUGUCCAAUAUGUCCCGGAUAUGGGUCUUUGUGAACUGCUUUGUUACAACCAACCAAACUGCGUCAGUGUUAAUUACGAGAUACAAAGAGAAAGACGAUGUGAACUGAACAAUUCAACACACCGAGCGCACGAUGAGGACUUUAAAGAGAGGAACGGCUGCUUAUAUCAUGGAGCAAUUGUAAGUUUUUUGUCUUUUCUUUUCUCGUCUUCUUUUUCUUUCAUCAUCAUCAUCUUCAUGGCAAUCAUCAUCCCACUGUGCACAGUAUCAUCAUCAUCACAAUGGUCACCAUCCUCGUCAUUAGAGGGAACUUAAGCAACGACGAAGACGACGUGGCGAAAACGUCUCUCAAAGAGUGAAUUCACGCUGUAUUAAAAUCUAUCGUUUUUAUUGCACGUCAUUCAAUUGGUCACCAAAUGUUGGUGAGUUUUUCUGGAGUCGCAUUGUAAAGGACUGUAUCUAAGUUAAAAAAAAAAAUAAUAAUAACAAUAAAAUAAAGAAUCGUUGUCUUGUGUUCACGUCCCGGUAGAAAAGGUGAAACUAAGAAGUUCCACGUGGUAGUCGUGCAACGAGCGCAGGGAAAUGUACAAAAAACUGCAACGUGAUUUAGGUGCAAAGUUUUUUUUUUUGCUAAUCUUAACCUAUUUGCCUUUUCCUUGCCUUUGACGUCGCCGUUGCUUAAGCUCCCUAUUAAUAAUUAUUAUUAUCAUCAUCAGGAUGGUAAUAAUUACCAUUGUCUUAUCAUCAUCAUCAUCAUCUUGUAGUUUGUAGUUGACGCUCUAUCAAGACGGUUUAACGCAGUUUCUUAUCUUACAAUUCAAACCUGAUUUUUGUUCUGUCAAAGAGUGCUUGUGAUACUCCCCGUUACCAAAACAACGGUACCUGUCAGUCUGGAUUCACAGAGAAAAAAUAUCGGUGUUUGUGUCCUUCUGGUUUCACUGGUGCACAAUGUGAACAUGGUAAGUUGUUCUUUACUUGAAAAAAACUUUCAUUUUAUGCAAAUAAUCAAAGGUUCGUAAAUCGUAAUUAAGCUCGGGCUGUCCUUUGUCAUUUCCUACGACAGUGUAUAAAACGUUUGCGUAGCGAACAUUUUAAGGUUUUGCUAGCCUCUCGUUUCAAUUGGUCUAUUAACUGUCAUACAAUUUCAAAUGCUAUUUCCUCAAAUUUUUGCUCUUUGUGUCCGUAAUCUUAUGUGUUUCUUAGAGCUUGUUGUUGAGGAGAAUGCAGUUCGUAAUUGAAAGCCUUUCUUCAAGAGCAUCUCAACUCUAAACCAAGAAAACGUGAUAUGGCGUGAGCCUUGAUUAUACAUCCAGGCUCGUUGCUAGGAAGCUCAUUUGAUUGAGCUCUCGAGGGAGGGGGGAAGGGGCGGUGGGAGAGUUCCAUAUAAAAAUGCUCUUCGAAAAAUUGGAAUGAGACCCCUAAGGGAAACUUACCCAAAUACCCAAAUAAGUUUUUCGAGGGGAUAUAACGGGGCGCAUAAGUUGACAUACAAGGAACAUGAAUGUCAAACAUCAAAACUGUGGGUCCAACCAUAACAAUUUAAUAAGUUUAUUCGUAAAAGUGAAAAACAAAAUGAAACAAAAACAAUAAGUCAAUGUCUUAACAGACAGAGAAAAAUGGCUUCACCUUGGAUUCGACACCACUUUUUUCGGCUUGCUUCUAAUACUGUUAUUAUCUUCUAGUAACCUUCCCUCUUGAUUUCAUGCACUGUAGAUAAAAACGGGGAAAGUCUAAAACUCACAAUGGGAACUUAUUUUUUCGCAAUUAUUGGGCAAUAUGAUUUCAGACAUCAAUGAGUGUGAAGGAGGAACUCACAACUGCAGUUCUAAUGCGGUUUGUAACAACAACAAAGGAUCCUAUAACUGCACAUGUAAACCAGGAUAUGAAGGGGACGGAAAUAAUUGCACAGGUGAUAUUUUUCGUACUUUAAGUCAUUUUGAAUGCCAUCGAAAGCAUUGCUGUUUUUUUUUUCAUGAUAAGAUGCUCUUUAUAUAACUUCUUUGCUAGAUAGUAGACCAUAUUACCUCAAAAAGUUAAGGGGAAAGUGGCCGGCAUCAGAAACUUUGCUUUUUUUGUUUUUUCUCAUGCAUUUCUUUUGCAACUUUCUACUUAGUGCUAGCCUCACUUUUUAGAAACCUGAGACGAAUUCACUCUGCAAACUAAGCUAAUCUCUAUCGUUCUAUAUGAUUUCAGACAUCAAUGAGUGUGAAGGAGGAACUCACAAUUGCAGUUUUAAUGCGGUUUGUCACAACAUCAACGGAUCCUACAACUGCACAUGUAAACCUGGGUACUUGGGAGCCGGAUGGAACUGUACAGGUGAUGAAUACAAAAAUACAUAAGGGACGUUCUGGUUAAUGGGGGAAGCAUCUUGACAAAUUCGAGUUUUAUUCAUGAAAACCAUUAAAGCAAAUUUGGAAAUAAUGAACUACCUUGGAAAUGACGCAAUACGGUCUUAACGUUAUACUAACAAUUAUUGGUGAUAAGUAACAAAAAUUCAUAAGCUUAGUGAAUAAAAUGGAGGGUCAGUCCAAUAAUCGAUUGCGGGUCUAUAACAAACAAAUAAGACGACGCAGGGACAAUAAAAGGGUCUUAAUCACCUUUGCUUUUGCAAGAAAGAAUAUUUUACCUACAGAAUAAGUAGAUCUUAAUUUUUCAGCGAUUGAGCAUUCAGUUAUUUACAUGUAAUUUAAAACUUAUUUCAGAUAUCGAUGAGUGUCUAGUAGAUACACACCACAAUUGCAGUUCUGAUGCAUUUUGUAAUAACACCCACGGAUCCUACAACUGCACAUGUAAACCAGGAUAUGAAGGGGACGGAAAUAAUUGCACAGGUGAUAUUUUUCGCAAUUUAGUCAUUUUGCGUGCUAUCGAAAGCAUUACUGUUUUUAUUUUUCCAUAAUAAGAUGCUCUUUAUUAAUUUUUGCUAGACAGUAGACAAUAUUACCUCAGUUAAAAUCUUAAGCGGAAAGUUUAUAACGCUUUUAAAUGUACCUUGUAUUUUAAAUGUUUUGUCUCCUAACAUGGCCGGCAUCAGAAACUUUGCUUUUUUGUUUUUUCUGAUGCAUUUCUUUUACAACUUUCUUCUCAGUGCUGGCCUCACUUUUUAGAAAGCUGAGAGGAAUUCACUCUGCAAACUAAUUAAGCUUAUCUCCAUUGUUCAAUAUGAUUUCAGACAUCAAUGAGUGUGAAGGAAAAGCUCACAAUUGUAGUUCUAAUGCGGUUUGUAAUAACACCCACGGAUCCUACAACUGCACAUGUAAACCAGGAUAUGAAGGGGACGGAAAUAAUUGCACAGGUGAUAUUUUUCGUAAUUUAGUCAUUUUCCGUGCCAUCGAAAGCAUUACUGUUUUUAUUUUUCCAUAAUAAGAUGCUCUUUAUCAAUUUUUGCUAGACAGUAGACCAUCUUACCUCAGUUAAAAUCGUAAGCGGACAGUUUAUGACGCUUUGUACCUUGUAUUUUAAAUGUUUUGUCUCCUAACAUGGCCGGCUUCAGAAACUUAGCUUUUUUGUUUUUUCUGAUGCAUUUCUUUUACAACUUUCUUCUCAGUGCUGGCCUCACUUUUUAGAAAGCUGAGGGAAAUUGACUCUGCAAACUAAGCCAAUCUCUAUUGUUCUAUAUGAUUUCAGACAUCAAUGAGUGUGAGGGAAUAACUCACAAUUGCAGUUCUAAUGCGGUUUGUAAUAACACCAAAGGAUCCUACAACUGCACAUGUAAACCAGGAUAUGAAGGAGACGGAGAUAAUUGCACAGGUAAUUUCUUUCAUAACUUCGUCAUUUUGCAUACCAUCGAAAGCAUUGCUAUUUUUGUUUUUCAAUGAUAAGAUGCUCUUUAUAGCAAUUCUUUGCUAGGUAGUAGACCAAUAUUGCUUCAAAAUUUUAGGUGCACAGGUUAAUGCUUAGUACCUUGUAUUUUUAAUGUUUUGUCUCCUAACAUGGCCGGCAUCAGAAACUUUGCUUGUUUGUUUUUUCUCAUGCAUUUCUUUUCCAACUUUCUACUUAGUGCUAGCCUCACUUUUUAGAAAGCUGAAACGAAUUCACUCUGCAAACUAAGCCAAUCUCUAUCGUUCUAUAUGAUUUCAGACAUCAAUGAGUGUGAAGGAGGAACUCACAAUUGCAGUUCUAAUGCAGUUUGUCACAACAUCAACGGAUCCUACAACUGCACAUGUAAACCUGGGUACUUGGGAGACGGAUGGAACUGUACAGGUGAUGAAUACACAAAUACAUAAAGGGCGUUUUGGUUAAUGGUGGAAGUAUCUUGACAAAUUCGAGUUUUGUUCAUGAAAGUUUAAAGCAAACUUGGAAGUAAUGACCCACUUUGGAAAUGACGCAAUAGGAUCUUAACAUUAUACUAACAAUUAUUGGUCAUAAGUAAAAAAAAGAAUGAAAUUUCAGGUCACGAUUAUGGUAUCUUGGGAGACAAAUUCAUACGCUUAGUGAAUAAAAUGAAGGGUUAUCCAAAAAUCGGUUGCGGGUCUAUAACAAACAAAUAAGACGAUGCAGAGACAAUAAAAGGGUCUUACCUUUGCUUUUGCAAAAAAGAAUAUUUUACCUUCAGAAUAAGUAGAUUUCAGUAAUUUUUCAUCGAUUGAGCAUUCAGUAAGUUACGUGUAAUUUACAUGUAAAACCUAUUUCAGAUAUCGAUGAGUGUGUAGUAGAUACACACCACAAUUGCAGUUCUGAUGCAUUUUGCAAUAACACCCACGGAUCCUUCAAUUGCACAUGUAAACCUGGAUUUACGGGAGAUGGAGAAAACUGCACAGGUAGUAUUCUCAGUGGUACGUGUGUUCACGUAGGGCAGCAGAAACUUUAUCUCUUCUCUUUCAUUCUCUUCCCCAGUUACAAGUUUCUUCUGAAAGCAAUGCAACGACAGAGGUGGAUGCAGACCUCCCCUUUUUUAGCCAACUUACUUGUUUGUUAGAACAGUUCAGUUGGCACUUUAUUCCCGUGUUAUGCUCGAUAUCGUGUACAGCCAGGAAGAGGACAAGUUUUUUGUGAAUGUAAUCGUUUCUAUAUUUUGUGGCGUUGUAUGAAUUUGCAGUGUUGCAGGUUCCUAUUCCUCCGUACCCAAUUAAAACGUUUUAGGGACGCCAUAGGACAAGUUACCCUUAUCACCCACUCCCUCUUAUCUCUUAAAAUCCUGGAUCCGCCCAACUGAACGAACGCUCAGUGACGGGUAAGAGGAGUCACAUUUCAAACUAAGCUCAUUCUUUGUGGUGUUCAAUAAUGCAAUAUUACAGACAUCGACGAGUGUGAAGCAGACACUUACGUGUGCGGUUCUGAUGCCAUUUGUAACAACACCCACGGAUCCUUCAAUUGCACAUGUAAAUUUGGAUAUAGAGGAGAUGGAAAUAACUGCACAGGUAAUAUUCAUUUUAGUGUCUGGUCUGCUCGCUUGGCAUCAAACGCUUUGUGUUUGUUUCAGUGUUUGUUUGUUUGAUUUUUCCUCUUUUGUUUCCUUAACAACUUACUUCGUCUGUAGCUUUAAAACGAGCGUCAGUGGGUUUACCGUUGUCUAGACAGCUGGUAGGAAACCACCGUGCCAACUUAGUUUAUUGUCAUUGAUGUUCAUCUAUGAUUUCAGACAUCAAUGAGUGCAAAGAAGGAAACUACAAUUGCGGUUCUAAUGCGGUUUGUAAUAACACCAAAGGAUCCUACAACUGCACAUGUAAACCAGGAUAUGAAGGGAGCGGAUAUAAUUGCACAGGUAAUUUCUUUGUUAACUUGGCCAUUUUGCAUGCCUUCGAAAGCACUGCUGUUUUUACUGCUUCCAUGAUAAUAUGUUCUUUGUAGAAACCAUUUGUUAGAUACAGCUCCACAACGGCCACCUUGGGGACAGAAGAAAGUGGCCGUUGAGGAGAGGUGACCUUUAGUAGAGGUUAGACUGUAUUACCUCAAAAGGUAAGAAAGUUUAAAACACCUUAACGUACCAGUAUACAGUGGAUGUAUAGCUUCCUAUUUAGUGCACUGACCGGCAUCAGAAACUUGAUUUUCUUUGUUUUUUUGUGUUUUUUUUCCUCAUGUAUUUCUUUUGCACCUUUCUCUUCAGUUCAAGUUUACACUUUGUACAGAACGUUGAGAGGAAUCCACAUUGCAAAGUUAACUUUUGUCAUUGAUUAAUAUGAUUUUAGACAUCAAUGAGUGUAAAGCAGCAGAAGCCCACAAUUGCAGUGUUAACGCGUUUUGUAAUAACACCGAGAGUGCAUACAACUGCACGUGUGAACCUGGGUACUUGGGAGACGGAUGGAACUGUACAGGUAAUUGUUUAUUAUGUGAAAAAACUUUUGGUGGAUUGAGAAAGCUAGUUUCUUGCUCAACGUAAGUCUUAUUGCCAGGGCUUGAGCAAAGUUAAACCUUAACAAUAGUUGGAAGUAAACCCUCUUUGGAGAUACAAUCAGUUUUAUUGACCAAGGAAGGAAUAUAUUGCAAAUAAAGCCGUCUCUCAUCGUCCCGUCACUGGGCGGGACGCUCCACUAAAAGUCCCAGAGAAGGGAAGCAAUAAAAAAAAUGGUAAUGUGGUGGUGGUGAUAGGAGAAAAUGAGGAGGAGCGAAAAAAUUGAAUUAAGCCGAUAAGGAGGAAGGGGGGAGGGGUGGGCAAAAUAUUGUUUCUUUCUAAAAAGAGCUAGUUUGCCCUCGCCAACGUUAAUAUGUACAACUUACAGGCAAAGAAUCAUUGAUUGGGAAGCGGAACAAUUUAUUGUCUUUAAUGGAAAAUGAAAGCGCCGAAAAAAGAUCAACUCGCCACGCUACGGCAACAUUAGCCAACCAUUGGAGACUUUCCUUAGCUUUUAUUCAACCAAUCAAAAACCAAAACAUUCAUCGACGUAAAAAUAACUAAACAACAUUUCAAACCUUCUAAACCACCUAGAAUAGCAUAUUACCUGACUUGAGAUCCUACUGCAUUUUAAUUAUGACACAAAAUGUUAUGACAUCAUGGGUGCUAAAGUAUUGCCCCGCAAAGAAAGAAAGAAAACAUCGCUACUAUACUACUUACCCCUUCGUAUAAAAACACGUGGGAGCUUACAUUCGAGAAUUAGUUCCCCUAAAUAGAAAAUAAACCAUUACCAGACAACCCUGGAUGUGUCUCAGUGGUCACCACAUGGGUUUCUAUAAACUUUGAGCCACCGCAUUUACAGUCCAGUAUCAAAUAGGGUGUGAACUUUAAUUAUACUAAGUUUAUUCAAUAUAAAGUAAUGGCUGGGCAAUUCACAGAUUGGUGGUUUGACCGGUUUCUUUGUGUUGCGGACCCUAGUGACGGUUGUGGUAUGGCAUUUAAGAAAAUUCAUUGCUCAUUGAUUUUAAGUCAUUGCUCCAAUAUUUAUCAUUCUCAUAUUGAAAAAUCACCGACAGACCAAUAAUCGUUUUCCCCCUAAACUUUAAUUCUAGCCGAUAUUGAAACGCCAUGAAAUGUCCCCCCAUUAAGAAAGCCUUUCAAGUUUAAGCCCCUCAAAAGGCCUUACAGUAAAAUGCUAUCCGGGGGCUUACUCCCGGAGCUUAUUCUUGAAAUGAUACGGUAACAACUAUGGCGUCUCACGAAACUCCAUCAAACGAAAGUCAGCUAAAUGGAGAUUAUACGAUGAAAAAAUGCAAAUCAAGUAAUAUAGCUCUUCAUCUCUAUAAGCCUGUUGCUAAUAAUUCUAUUUUACGAGUCGAGAUGACUGAAAAGUUCGGAAGUGAGCAUAAAAAAGUUUAGAAGUCAUGGUGUAUUUUGAUAGCCCGAGUAUGUUAGUAGUUUUCAUUACGUCAUUAUCGUAUCGUCAUUAAGACUCCUUCAUUUUGAAGGGAGCCUUGAUGGAGUACUGGAGGUAACGGGCUUCUUCGAGAGCGUGCUUAACAGAAAUGGGUCUUACUUAUGAGUCUUGAGCAGGAUACCUCUGAAAAAGCAUUAGUGGCAUCAUCUACCAUCUGAGCGCUAGCCCUCCAAGUCCGUUGACGUCUUACCAACAAAGGACCAAUAGCAGUUGACAAGCGGCAAUAACUUCAAUAAAGGGUCAUUUUCCCGUGUUAUGUUUUUAUACGUCUUAGGUGUUGAAUCUAAACAAGAGGGAAUAAGUUUCUUGAUCUAAAUGAAGACUUGUUUCGCCCUAUUUUUCUAGAAGCAGAAUCCUGUAAUAAAUUGCUACAGUCAAAUCCACAUGCAACUAAUGGAACUUACCAAAUAGCUGUUAACUCCAAAAUAUUCUCGGUAAGUGAUUUUUUUUAAAGGUUUUCGAUGCAGUAACCGUUCCAUAAACAAAAGGCAACUAAAAGGCCAAUACGAGGGAACUUGGCCCAACUAAAGUACUGCCAGGUGUCGAGAGUAUAAGAUCAUGGAGUGAAAGCACAUUGAGGUGGGGCCUUUGAUUUUCGCCUGCGAAAACAGCCGUCUCUCCUCCUUCCUCGCCGCUAAGGACGUUUGACUAGGAGGGACGUCUAGGCCUCAGCGACAGAAAUUCCAUACUGAUGACUGUUGACGUAUUGGUUAAGUUGUUUUAGUAACUGUUUACGAACGACAGACAACAGACAAACGGUCACAAAGGUGAAAUGGAAACGCGAUGAAUCUAGUACAAAACAGACAAUCUUCGUGGAAUAUAUUCUUCUUUAGAAGAAGCAUUUGAGUUUUGUUGGAGCUCGUUCGUCGAAGAACUUUUCAUCAGACGAACGAACCAAAUUCUAAUUUGGGUCAACCUGAAUUAAGUUAAGAUCGUCUGUCGGGUCAGACGUCGAUGCUGUCGUCAGUUGGCGGCUCUUGUGAAUUCAUUACUCAGAUCUGAGUUUUCUAACAAUUCAACUUUAUUCACGCGUCGAAAUCGGGAUCGCUCCCUUUUUCUUUUCACCAUGGGAUACAAGUAUUUAAAUAGAUAGAUUGGUUGGCUGAAAAGAAAAGCCAAAUAUCGCCAUGAGCAUCCUCGGAGACCCAGUGGCAGAUAAAGGGGGCGAGGGAAUUCUGAUUGGUGCCAGAAAACUUGUGUUUUUCUGGCACCAAUCAGAAGCCAGAACGGCGGCGACCGUUUGGAACUGGUCUUGUAAGACAUUGUCCCCAGGGGCUCUUCUCGCCGUUCUUUACUUUUCUUCGUGCCAUAUUUUUCCGUCCGUUUACACUUUCCCUCCUUUCCACUAUCUGCCCCUGGGUCUCCGAGGAUGCGCCAUGAGAAAUCCGCUUAAAGAUGAAAAGAUCUCGAAAAGCAUCUUUUUACACUAGCGUGAAUUGUCUCUCCGUUUUCAGUUCCAUUCACAAAUCUUGACUUGUUCUCAACUGCUAGGAAAAACCGAAUUUUAAAUCUCGCGCUCCCUUAUAAACCUUAUUGUAAACCUUAUAAACCUUUAGGGGAAUUUAGGGGACGCGUUGCUAUUGGCAACCGAUUUAAUUCAUGACAGUCGAACUUAGGACGUGUCGAACCAAUCGCCGCACUAAAUCAGAAAAAUGAAAAAGCAAUUUUAAUAACUUUUCUUCCCAACGAGGCUAAAUAUACAUACCAAUUUUUCCCGAGCGGAGCAAGGGGCCGAAGGCGCCUCGCAUCGCGAGGUUAAUCUCGUCAGGCGCGAAGCGCGUGUACCGCGUUUGUUGUUAACGCCGGCCCCACAUACAUCGCGAUCAUCUAGUGUGUGACGUCACGGAGCUUGUUGUGUUUCCAGGCAACACCGAAGAGUGUCUUGCUUUUGUCAUAUUUCUAGGAUUCAGAGGUAAGGCCAGAUCUCCGAAACCGGGCUCAUGUGAAGAGGCCCUUAGUCUUUGAUAUCAGUCCUGAUUAAAUUGUUUUCUUUAUCAGGAACUUGUACAAACAAACAUAAAACAACCAGAGUUUUGGCUCAGUGAGCCCUUAUCUAACGCUGAAAUAUACUACGUAAAAGGAGAAUGGAAUAACAUCAAAAUAGUAACAGACUGAAUACGUCUUAGAGGCUGCCUUUUUUAUUUUGCUUUAAUUUGAAGGUGUAUUGCUUUAUGGAAGAGGGCCAAGGCUGGACUCUCAUUGCUCGUGUCUCAAACAAUGACAGUAUAAACUGGAGGCCGAACAGCAGCUUCUGGAAGUAUGACAUGAAAGAUGCUAAGGGAAAAACAACUGAUCCACUUGACGGCAUGGACAUGAUCUCUCCUGCGUUCUGGCUGGUAGGCGGUAACGAGUUUAUGAUUACACGUAGUGAUGACCCUCACACCGCCCUGUUACAGACAACAGAUGACUGCCUGGGUCAGCAGACAUUUAGAUAUAAAAUAAACACGAGCUAUGGUGAAGGUUUCCCACAGAAUCAGUGUCGGAGUAGCUGUAAUGCUACAUUUGGCGGCCAGUACAGAGAGACUGGCGGCUCUGCGCAGGCAAAUGGAAACGGAUGCUCAACGGUUAGCCUUCUGACCGAUAAUAAAAUUGGGUUUUGGUGCGAACGUAACCACAGGAGGUCUGUCAUGAUGAUCGGCGCAGAAGGUGAUGGAUGCUCAAAAGCAUACCUCGGGAUUGGGAUAACUAAAAAGAAUGAAAAAAUUAAGGAUUUUCGUAGCAAAGCAGAUCGAUCACCCACUACAGACUACUCUUUAAACUUGUGGGUACGCUGA